AUGGAGCAGCAAGCUUCAACAUCAAAAGUUACUGGUAAAAACACCACCCCCGAGGCCAAGUCGCCGCUUACAUUCGAGUACUUUGACCCUCACAAUGUCUACGAGCUCCUGAAGCCGGGGAUAAUCCCCCGAUUGCCCCUUCAUAACCUUCACUGGCAGUCGCAUUCGGGACCGCUGCGCUCGAUCAAUACCCUGCACAUUGAGCUUGUAGAUGGCGGUAAGCUUCAGCAAGACGAGACGCCCCUCGCAGCCAAACCGCCUGUCGCAUCCGAGGCGAAAGACGACGGCUUCCAGACGCAAGCCGUAGGCGGUCACACCGAAGCUGCCGACAGCAGCGAGAGCAAAUCCGCUACCACAAAAGGCACACAAGGUCGACGCCACCAGAUUCCUGGCUUGCGCCGCACACCCUACCUCAAGGUCCUUCUGGUUCGAUGCGACGAUAACGAUUCCUACAAGAACACGGUCCGCUCCGAGGUGCGCGAAUGGAUCAAAGAACACACACCGCCAGCAAACUCGUCUAAAAAGGCCAGUAACCAAGAGAACCAUGACGCGUAUGAGUGGAUCAUCCUACAUGUUGUUAUUCCCAACACUGCAGCAUCCACCCAACCGCGCAGCACGAGCAAAGUAGAAGGCGGCGCAGAGAAGAACACUACGUCGCGAUGGAGGACAGGCGCGACGCCUCUCCUGGAAAAAUUCCGCUCCGAUUUCAAUAGCUCCAGCAAGAACGCCCCCGAUCGGAUUGCCCAGAUUCGCAUCGGUAUCAACGAUGUUCCCUACGAUAUGCUGCCACGAGUCGUCCCUGCCGUGCCGUCAGGGUCUAACGAGACCGAACAAGAUGCCGAGAGAGCGUGGACUGAACUGGUCACCAAGUUCAAAACCCUGAUUCUAAGUUCGUUCGACAAACGCGUUACACAAUACGAGGAAGAUAUCAAGGAGAAGGAUGCCCAACGCACACUCCCAGGCUGGAACUUUUGCACCUUUUUCAUUCUCAAGGAGGGCCUAGCACUUGGCUUCGAGAAUGUUGGCCUUGUUGAAGAUGCCCUUGUUGGCUACGACGAACUCAAUGUUGGUCUCGAUCUGGUCCUGGCAGGACAAGCUGAGACCGGCGAGCCUGAAAGUCACGGCGGCGCAAUGCUCCCAUUCAGCGAAGACCUCAGGAAGAUUGCUCACAAAGCGCUCGACGAGGCCUCGGGAUCCUCAAACGACGAAGAGGCUGUCGAUUUGCAAUCUACCAACAAACCUACAGUUGAUGUGGAUGACAUUCCCAUCAGCCCCGUGAAGAAGGCCUAUCGUGACAUGAUUCUGGCAAACAAGGUCUCCAUAUUCGACUUUAGAUGCUACAUUUUCUCCCGCCAAAUCGCGCUCUUGUUGCGCCAGGGCAACACAUCCGUUACCAGGGAGCAGCUGCUUUCCCGGCUCAAGGAGCAACAAGAGUCUAUUCUUCACGGCGUGGCGCCACUUGCCAAAGCUACUCCUCAAAAGGAAGACGAUACAGAGAACCUUACUAUCCUGGCAGAGGUCUGUAGAAGAACACUUGAAUUUAUCCCGUCUCUAUCAAAUGUCAUGCGGCACGACAUCAUCACAUCUUUAUCUGCAGACUCUUCAGGCAACCAGGAGGGAGUGUUUAGCACCGAGUCAUACCAAGUCAUCGACAACUUGGUUUCAUCCUUUGCCUUUUCUAUUGCACAACAGAUACUAGCCCAGACAGCUACCAAGGCACUCCCUAUCCCACCAUCAUCGUUGCCGCCUACGGACGGCGUGGAACAGAAAGCUUCCAUUCCGGAGCCCAAGACGAUGAUGCAUCCAGCCAGGAACUCUUCUCUCCAUGAAAGGACGCCGAGAAACCCUUCCAGCCCGGGAGGACCUGGCCGUGCCGCGUUGCCAAACGGUGACGACCACAAUACCCAAUUUCUCAAAACUGGCAUCGAGGAGCUGGCUGCUGGCCGCGCCGAGUUGUACAUGAUGUCACGAAGCAUUCUACAAAGAUUUGGCAAAAUUCGAGGAUGGAGUACUGGCUGGGACGAAGCGCCGAUCGUGCACGACGCGGGCGUUGAGAUUAUGGAGGAAAUCAGUCUCGAUGAUGGUUCUGACGCCAACAACGAGAACGAUUCAACGAAAAACGAACAAAAGUUGAAUGUAAAGACAACUCAUACUAGUGCGGGAAUUCGCAGCCAACUACUCAUAUCUGCAACGGAAAGUUCUCAAGACUUUUACCGCCUCUAUGAAAUUAUGACCGACAAAGCGCUCCGUCACUACACCGUCGCUGACCAGCAAGGCGCCGUGCAGACGGCAAUCGCAGACUUGGCCGUCUUGAAGUUCUUCUUGAAAGAGUACGCUACCGCCAAGUCCUACUUUGACAAGGCAUUGCAGUAUUUUGGCGAGUCAGGAUGGAACAUGAUUGAGCUCUCGAUGCUGGUCAUGUAUCUGCACUGUCUGAGCGAGCGCAACGCCAAUCUGGAUUAUGUGAGGGCCGCUCUACAGCUGCUCACAAUGUCUAGUGCUGCUGAGCUAUCCCGGAUUCAAGAUUCGUCCGCGCGUCAGUUGAGGCCCAGACAGGAAUCGGAAGACUCGCCCAUCAAAGGCAUCGUGGCCAAGCUGUGCGACUUGGCAUCGUCUCUCCGCAGCGAUGUCCGGUCACCGCUGUCUCUCUUCUUCACCAAUAUCGAAAUCCUAGGAACGCCACACUACGAGGAGGGUCGCGAUGGGAGCCGCGUUUCAAUAGGCAUAUGGAGCCUGCUGCCCGACGACAUUACUCUGGACAAGAUUCAGCUCAAGGUCUCUGGCGUGGACGCGGGGCCUAUCAAGGACCUUGUCUUUGCGAACAAGGGUGCUGUGGUGUUGAAACCAGGCAAAAACAAAAUUUCAGUGUACACCAAUUCUGUCCUUGCUGGUAAGUACAAAGUGAACCACUUUGGCCUGCACGCGAACCGCAUCUUCCUUCACUAUGACGCCGACGUCAACACAUCCCAGUCACCUUCGCCGGCGAUUUUUAAGCAGCCCGAAUUCACCCUCUAUCAGCACUCCGACGCUCUCGACGUCGAUCUCAAGGCCGCCAAGCACACCUCCCUUGACAAGAACAAUAACCUCGACCUGUCCAUCAGCACAGGCUGGAACGCACUCAAGCGCUGCGAGGUCCGCAUCAAGCCGAGCUCCGGCGGCCUGCGCCUGCUUACGACCGAGACUACCGUCGUCAACUCUGUCCUCGAGCUGGCCAAGCCGCGCGAGUCUGGCUUGUUCCGCUUCAAUGCCAUGGCACCCAACACGUCCGUCACCCUACGCUUCCCAUUCUCCACGGAACUCGACCUCGAGGACGUCUUUGCCAAGGUCGAAGUGACGUAUGUCACCGAGGCCGAUGAGUCCUACCACCUCGCCAAAAUGUUUAGCAUCCCCGUGGCUCUCGCCCUGGGUGUCAAUGUCCAGGAUGUGUUCAAGCACAGUGCCCUCUUCUCUCGCUUUAACGUCACCACAGCUACGACUGGCCCGCUGCGACUCCACAAGAGCGAACUCGUCGACUCGGAGCUCUUCUCCGCCACGUCGGGCAUGGCGGCGACGGCGGUGGCGCCUAUCACUAUAUUCCCCAAGCAAUCGGCCAGCAUCCUUUACCGCAUUCGUCGCAACAAUGACGCUCCCGUCGCCACCCGCGCCGCCAAAACCAUGUACCUGAGGCUGUACUACACGCAGCUGCACACCGAGGUCGCUGACCUCAUUCGCGCCUCUGUGUCCACGGCGCUGCACGCCGCUUCCCUCGGCCCGUACACCCGCGCUGUCGCUGCCUCCCUCGCUAAGGACCUGAAGCGCAGCCUGCAGCCGCGCGACCUCGAGCGUGCCGCUCUCCUCGGUGAGGUGUCGACGCUUUUUCUCCACGAUGUUUCAUGGGAGAAGCGCUUCCACGGGCUCGCCGCGGCCCCCGUCGUCCGCCGCCUCGCCGCCUGCCUCACCACGUGGCAGUCGGAACAUAAGCACCUCGCCCUCGCCGAUCUCACGACCUCGGCCGCCUCCGCCGAGCCCUCGUCCAUCCUCAUCCCCGUCGAGGUGCCUUCCCUCACCAUUGUGCACACUGCCGACAUUCGCCUGCAACAGCCCCUGCCCGCCGCCAUCAACGACGGCGGCGCCACGCCCACCGUCUUCCUCAACCAGGUGCUCCACGCAACGCUGCACCUCAAGUGGACGCGCGUCUGGGACACGGAGAGCCCGCGCACCCGAGAUCUCGAGUUUAGCUACGACGUCUCCGCGAGCGCCGAGGCCUGGCUCGUCGGUGGCCGCCGCAAAGGCCACUUUGUCAUUCCCGGAUGUACUGACAACGGUGACGACAAUGGCGGCGGCGGCGGCGGCGCGUCAUCGACGCCCGAGACCGAGGCUGAGAUCCCGUUGAUUCUUAUCCCGCAAAAGGAAGGUUGGCUGCCGUAUCCAAGCGUCGAUAUUCGCGAGGUCAAUGGCGACCAGGGCGAGAGCGGCGCGCCGCGCUCGGCGGCCGGCCACAGCAUCGAGGUCGAUUGGAGAAAUUUGGGUGAGACGGUACGGGUCGUCAGUGACAAGCAAGCAAUCACGGUCAGCUUGGAUGCCAGUGGCCCUGCAGGCGGCCCGUUGGUACUAGAGAGUGAAAGUCGGCCCCACGCUCCAGGUACUCGGAUAGUAGCCUAG